GACAGCGCAAUAAUUUGACCGACGACCGACGAACUAUUUUUUGUAAAGAAACUGAAGAGAAACGAAACUGCUACAAGAAAAACAAUGCGAAUGACAUUUGACAACAGAGACAGCAGUGCUUUUCGCUGUUGUCUAUGUUGCCAUGUUAGGACAGGAACUGUUCUCCUUGGCGUGUGGCAUUUGCUUGCAAAUUUGAUGGUGGUAACUUUCCUUGUUUACUCAUCUAUCAACCCGGAUGUCUUAAGACCUACACUGCAGAAAUGUGACACCGGAAAUCAGCAAGGCUUCGAGUUGAUUGCCUUUGACAAUGGAAGUGGUUUCAAAGUGGCAGAAGCUCAGCCAUACACAUAUCAGGAUCCUUACAUUAACCGCAUGACCAGGGAGGAUCUCUGUGUAGGAUUUGCCAUUACACUAUGUACACUGACUGUUACUCUUUUCCUGCUGUACGGCACCAUCAGAAACCGCCCAGGAUACCUCUUGCCAUUUUUCUGUCUACAAGUGUUUGAUUUUUGCUUGUCCUGUCUCACCGUGGUUGGAUAUUUCUCAUAUGCUCCAAACUUCAAAGUCUGGCUCAAAGAACAGGGACUGUCAUGUAUGCCUGGUCUGGACAGUGUGGCCAACAUCCAGGGAGAUUGGUUGAUGUUGUUAUGUCUCCUCUUCCUUGUCCUUUUCCUGUCUUUGAAGGCCUACAUGAUUAGUAUGGUGUGGGCAUGUUAUAAGUACCUCCAGAUGAGACUGGUCCAUCGUUCCUCAGUGCGAGAGUACUCCAUUGAUCCCGACACUGAGGUAUGCGGAAACGACAAGAUGCUCCUUCCUCCAAAGUAUGAAGAGGCUAUCAAGAUGCCAGUGGAUCAGAACCCUCCUCCCCCUUACACUUCAACCUAAACCAUGCCGAGGAUGAGACCCUUGUGCUGAGGAGGAACUAGGUCUUAGAUAUGUGAUCGUUUGUGAUCCUCAAUACCAUUAACCAGCUGCUAUAUGUGAUGUGAUCGAAGAGACAGGGACUGAAUCUUUAUUAUGUGGCUGGGAAAGGCAACAUUUUUGAAAAUAAUUUGUUUGAAAAAAAAACCAUUGCCACAAAAUCUUGAUUAUGGUUGCUUAAUAUUGUAAUAAAGAGAAGUUGGGUCAUCUGUUUUAAUUUUUUCGUAUCAUGCUUUCAUAAUCAAGUGUUUAUUUACAUGUUUGUCUUCAAUAACGAUAUAAAUUUACUGAUAAUAAUGUUUCGAUAUUAAAGAAGUAUUUGAUGUAUUUAACUGUAUUUAUCGAAAGGAUUAAGAUUGGGAGAAAAACUAAUUUGGAAUUUAUUUCUGGGGCUUGCCUUUUUGUACACGAAAUGAAACAUUUUUGAUUUCUUGUAUUAAAUUUAUACAGGAUUUAUUUUUUGUACAGAAUUUUUAGCCUAUUGUAAAUAAUCAUAUGUCUAGAUGUGGGAUUUUUUUUCUUUAAAUACUGGUUCUUGUGAGCUUUGCUUUUCAAAUUUAAUAGUGCAUUGUGAUAUAUUGAAUGAACAGUUCUCUAAAAUAAAUACCUGAAUAUUCAACAGUCCAGUAUGAAUAUUUGAAAUUAGCCAAGCAAUAUGAAUGAAGUUGUAUAUUAUAACAUGAGAAGAAAUUUUUAUUGAUCCAAUACUGUUAGAUAUGUUAAAAUGUGACAGGAAUGAAACUUGUGUAUGAUCCAUACAAAACACUUUUAAUUCAUACAAGGCAAUAUUCUCAGCUUUGUGCAAACUGGUGUAGGUUAAUUAAUGUUUUCUUCAUGUCUUUUUAAUAGCACCUUAAUUCUUAAUAUGGAGUACCGGUAAUAUGAUAUAUGCUUUACUUUAGAUUUUAUGUAUUCUACGUGUCAUAAAUUGUCAUAAUAUACUGUCAAGAACUCUCGUUUCUGAUAUAGAUGCUGAAAAUAUUUCUCUUUCCCGGAAUUAAAUGUCCGAUGUAAUCUACAAAUAUUUUUGCUGCUACAUACAAGUUAAAAGUAUGCACUACAUCUUUGUGGAGAAAAAAUGUUUUAAACAAAAAGGACUUGGUAAAUGUAUACAUAUGACUCAACUAGUUCCUAAAGUCAAAUAGACUGCCGAUGAUGACUGUGAUAAUGUUUUGUGUAAUAAUCAGUAAAUCCAGGUCUGUAGAUGUUAGGAUCCUAAUAAUAUCAACAUGUUUCUGUUGUUCUUUUUUCCUUCAUACAACAUUAUUUCUUUGUUAUGUGUCUGUGGAAAUAAAAAAAAUACAUUAGUUCCUAAAA